AUGCACCUAAAGUUUCCAGUCCUUCGCUAUUUGGUCCACGACCCAAUCAUCAUGAUCAACUUCCUCCUCACCCUGGUCCUCCUGACCACAGUCAUGGCCAUCAACAUCGGCCACCUCCCGACCAUCCCCCACAUCAGCCAUACCCCCCGCGCCGUGGACAACACCACCGAUGUCAACAACGCCAACAUCGACAAAUUCCUCUUCCACCCCCGCCCCGUCCAAUGCGGCGAAGCCAACCUCCUCCUGGUCGGCAUCCCCCCUUACCACCCCAUCGUCAAAGCCGGCGGAUUCGACCCCAAAAUGAUCGAAGCCAUCCUCGCAAACGACACCAAUCUCCUCGUCAACUCCGGCUACAACGUCCGUAUGGUCCUCUUUGGUCCCGAGCAGCCCCUUUCUGUGCUGGAGGCGCAAUUUGCGGAUAUUGACUGCUGGGAUGGCACCGGAGUUGGCUUCGGGGAGCGCGGGACUACGGAUGUGGGUCUGACAGAGAGGUUCGAGGAUACCAUUCACUACUUCCGCAAGAGAGCUCCCAACGGCCCGAUCAUGUUUAAUUCUUCGCCUACGACGUUUUUGCCGACGCUCAAGAGACAUUUCCCUAUUGCGGGGGGAGCGGAUUGUGCCAAGGAGGGGAAGCCGGGGAAGCUUUUGGGUUUCCGUGUCAUCUGCGAUGAUGGCGUGUGCAAGAAGGACUAAGACGAGUCACUGGCACACAUCAACAGCAGCAACUCGUUUUGCAUGAUCAAACUUUGCGCCAUUGCAAGAAAUGGUCGAGGUAUCCAUGGGUAACCUAGGGCAUUAAUACGGAGAACAGAGGGUGGUAGAUGUGGGACCGAGGAAGGAGGACGGGUUGCUUAGGCUGAGGAGGGAAGGAUAGCCGGAGUUGGCGCUGGAGAAUGAUACCCCUGCUUUUUCUCAUCACUUCUUUUGUUUUUUAUUGUUAUUUCCUGGCUCCUGAUGUUUUUACUUUCUCCGUUUCAUUCUGUGCGUUUUGGAUAACAUUGCUUUCUCAGCUAGAUUGGCGUCAUUGGAUAUGAGACGCCGGAGGUGAGCCGGGACUGUCGGAUCGGUGCCGGCCCCACCCGGAAGUUGUUGAUAUUGUUUCUCCGGCAUCUCGCUUUCCUUCCGCUGAGUACACACCUCCUCGUUCCUUACCUCUGAACCGCACAGGCACGUUGGCAUCACUCAAGAAAAACGCAAUCCACAACCGGCCUUACCGAGGAGGUCAAUCUUCGCUACCUACUUUACUGAUACAGUUUCCAUCCUCAACACAACCUCAAUCUCGGACACCCCCCCCCUACGCCGCACGCCAAUCUCCCUCUCUCCGAAAAACCAACAUCUCCCACUCGCAAGCCACGUGGCUUGCUCCGCCCGAUCUGUCAGAACAUGCGAAUUUCUUACGCUCGCGCAUGAAUUCACUUCUCAAACCAACAUCCCAAGAUUACCCCACACAAAAGAAUACAAGUUCCGGGCCCUGCAAAACACGACACCAGUGGUCAGCGGUACAGUCCGCAGUUUUCCUAGUGACCACGUUUUUGUAUUUUAUAUUUUAUAUUUUUUAUGUUUUUUUAUUUGGUUUUUAUUUUAUUUUUUUAAUUUUUUGAUCUGGCCUCCGUUGCUACCCGCCGUUGCUGCGACUGUUGCCACGCGGUUGGCGGGGAUGAAUAGUGUUUUGUCUUCUUGAUCGUGCAUAUGUGGUGUUAGACUAAGAUCUGUUGCCCAAGAUGAGCAGCUGGGCACCAGCUUUAGUGUUCACAUGAGUUUGCACACUCUUGGAGAUACCACCAAAGUAGUUGGAGAAAUCGAAGUGUAAAAGCAGCGGUAUAUCAUAUUCCCUAGGUACUGACUGUCAAACAAUUCAACCCCUUAUGCAAAGCCCCUAUGCCCAAUCGAUCCCCUUCACAAGACGUCAACCUCAAAUAUCCAAAACGCCAUCCUCAACAGAAGCAAGGUCUAUCCAUCCAUCUCUUGUAUUCAACUUCCACAUCCCAUCAAACGAAAGAACAACCCAGUAAACGAACGUAUACUCCAACCUGA